CAGCAGUGCGAUAACCAACUGCGACGACAUCGCCAUAAUUCUCAAAUUCUAUACUCGAGUGCUCAGUUUGCAUUUUUUCGUUCCUUAUAGUCCUGGCACCUAUUAAAUGCCUUCGGUAGUGUUACUACUCACGGCUUUUGCGUAUGCGUUUGUGCUCAGUGGUGAGAUAACAGUGCCGCCAGCGACCACCACAGCAGAUGCACCUACAAGCCUAACAUCUGUCAGCAAUAGCUCUGAGCCAGCGAGAUAUUGUAGUGCCGAAACGCGCAAUGGAGUAUUCUAUCCGAAAACAAGAGCAUGCACGGAAGCACGAGUUCCAUGUUCAGAUCAGGAAAAUGUCGAAGGCAUUGUUGUAAGAUACUGUUCUUGCAAAACCACAAUUUGGGAGACGCCAAACACAGCCAAUUGCACACAUAAAUGGGUAUCUGAAUUGGAGUCGGCAAUUGAAAAGGGAGAUCCAGCAGAGCAGAUUAGCAAAAAAAUGGCAUCUAGUUUAGAAUAUACAUUGUCGCGUCAGCUGUAUGGUGGAGAUAUUACUAAAAGUGUGCAGUUGUCUGUUGCUUUGCUUGGUUUGGCACGCACUCAAUUUGACGGUGUGGAUAAAUAUGAUCAAGAAGCUAGAGCGACAAAUUUCGCUAAGUCGUUCGGUCUAUGCGGUAAUUAUCUGCUAUCGCAACAAGCGCUUAAGGCAUGGGAGGAACUAACACCAUCGCUUAUUAAGGAUAACGCUAAUGUACUGACGUCUUUGUUGAAGCAAAGCGUUUUAACGUUGGGAGAUUAUAUUCUGGAUCCGCAGAAGAAGCUGCAGUAUGACAAUUGGGCCAUGAAGAUUGAUUUUAUUCAAUGGGAGGACACGUCACGAAAGGACUCUACAGACUUGGCGGCAGAUAUUACUUCCUUAGGACCUUCUGUCAAAGGAAAAAUAAAUGCUGUGCCGUUAACGCCUAGUGGUCAACUUGAAGAACUUGCUGGAAAUAGCACAACAGCUACACCUUCUCGCGCUCCUAGAGUGGAGUUCAGCGGAUUUUCUGAGUCACCAAUUAUCGAAUUACCGCCAUUGAGCCAUCUGGAUACUACAGAGUCAUCCACAAACGAAUCAUCAGCACCCGUUUCGGCAGUUUCCCGUGUAGGAUCGAAGACCGGCGCAGCAUCCUCGUACACUCACCUACGUCUAAGCUACCUCGUUUUCAAAAACCUCGGUCAGCUACUUUAUGUGAAUAAGUUCACUAUGGUGAAUAGUCACAUCGCUUGCGUAUACGUUGGUGAUGGCACCAAGAGUAUAAACCUUCUUCAUGAUCAGCCAAUCACUUUGACUUUCUUUCACCUACGGAGAAGACUUGUAAAUCCAACCUGCAUAUCUCUGAACUUUGAUACGAGAAUGUUGAGCGUCAAAGGCUGCCGGCUUAUUUCAACAAGCUGGGAAAAGACUGAAUGUGCUUGCACUCACUUAGGAAGUUGUUUCGCCGUUCUGAUGAAGAUAGCGGUGGGGGACGCCAUUUGGUAUAACAUAGGAAAGGACAUCAAACUGCCUUUUGAUUUCGAAAACAUCGGUCGUGCACUAUCUGCUGUGUGCUUAGCAUUUUCGCUGUUUGUGUUCACAUUCUUCAGAUCUCUACACAGUGUUAGAAAUACUAUUCAUUGGAACCUGUGCUUCAGUCUGCUUGUUCAUGACCUUGUUUUUUCAAUCAGUCUACCCCGCAUUAGGAAUCGUGUAUGUUGUGCAAUAGUGAUGAUGCUGGACCCUUACUCUGACAUAGCAGCAUUCUGCUGGAUGCUGACAGAAGGCUAUCAGCUGUACUUGUCGUUGGUACAAGUGUUUGAUUCUAACAAAACGCGUCUCUUACCAUACUGUGUAUUUUCGUAUGGUUUUCCAGCCGUCGUUGUAGGUGUAGUAUUCAGUUGGGAUGGCUAUGAAUCUAAACAAUACUGCUCUUGGUUUAACCUGUCACUACGAGUACAUUUGGCUCUCUUUGUACCAGAUUUUAUUAUUAUUUUGGCAAAUGUGAUCAUUCUUGUUAUUGCGCUGAGAGUGCUUUUGACGUUAAAUGAUCGUGAUCGCAGCAGGAAAGACAAACUCUUCCGGUGGCUGAAGAGACUUGCUACACUAAUGUGCUUGCUAGGUGUCACUCACUUAUUCUUCUUCUUGUCGUUAUACUUCCCCUGGACCUUCCCCUGGACGGUGUUUGAUUGGAUGCAUGCUGUCUUCAAUAGCCUACAGGGUGUCUUCAUCUUUAUCCUGCUUGUAAUUCUCAACGAAAAUGUUCGGUCACCUGUGAUACGUUAUCUGCGCAAUAAGAUUAAUUCUAUUAAGAGCAGCUCAGUAGUCACAACGUUUGGAGAAAAGCGGGGAAUAAGACCUUUAUCGUUACUGCAGUUUUCACGAAAUUCUAACCCAAAAGCUGAAGAACCGCGACUACUCAGGUACGAGAGAAUCACAGCUGGGUUCUAAAGGUCCCUGCGCUUCAGCAAAUUCGAGUGGUAGAGCACCCAGUGCAAAUUGCGGCAAAAUUCUCUGUGAAUAGCGGUUUUUUCACUCCUGGCUCAUUUGCUAGAUUCAAACUUUUAUGGUUUCCCUGCAUCGUGUGCUGUGCCAAAAUGAUGGAAAACGAUUUUUCUACAUAAUUAUGGUAAAAACUUCUGUUGUCGUAGGAUAAAGAGGAUUGUUAUACGGAAACGUGGUGGUAUCGUUGAUUGUUGUGAUAAUAAAGAACGACAUU